AAGGAAAAUUAUUAAUAAAACAAGAACAAAUCCCUCAGGAAGACACAUCGAUAAGGAACAAUAUCUCUAAAAUAAGCAUAAAAUCCUGAGGAAAACACGCCAAUAAGGGGGAGUAGCAUUAAAACCGGGAUAAAUCCCAGAGGAAAACAUGACAUUAUGGUUUAUGGACAAAACUGAUUGACAAUAAGGAGAAGUAUAACUAAAACAACACUAAAUCGAGUGAGAGGAGAACACCACAACAAGAAGUAUUACUGAAACAAGAUUAAAUCCAGAGGGAAACACCACAAGAAGUCUUACUAAAGCAAGAAACAAACUCUGAGGAAAACACAAUAUGGAGAAUUAUUAACAAAACAAGAAUAGACCCCAGAGGAAAACACAUCAAUAAGCAGUAAUACUAAAACCAAAACACUCAAGGGAUGGAGUUUACACGAAAAUAUCUGCCACUGGAAUGGGAGGAGCGCUGGAGGAGAGAGAAAGAGCGCAGGAGAAGGAUGAUGGAAGAAGGAGGAGGGGAGUUUGAGGAGGAGGAGAAGAGAAGGUUAAAGUGGAUCAUGUCCUACAAUGACAGCAGGAUGGGAAUGAAAGAGAAGGAUAAUGGACACGAUAAUGUGGAGGAAGAUGAACCAGCGCACAGGUAUCACCGGCAGAGUUACGCAUGUGAGAUCCAUCAAACUCUAUUGGAGAUGAAGAUGGCGGACGUUCUCACAGAUCUGACCCUCAGCACUGAGGAUGGGAUGAGCGUUCGUGUUCAUUGGCUUGUCCUGGCCUCAGUGAGCUCUGUCAUCCAGGAGAAAGAUGAAGAUGUGAAGGAGAUCUCGUUGAGUCCUGAGGUGUGCAGGUCUGGUUUGGUUGCACUGGUGGAGUUCGCCUACACUGGAGCCAUCAGUAAUCUGAAUAAAGGCAACAUGAUGCAGAUUCAGACAGCAGCGGAGAGUCUGGGAGCUGCAAGAGUCCUGGAGCUGCUCAAAACAGAGAAUAAAGGAGAUAAAGUGAGAAAGAGCUCAGCUGAGGAGCAGAUGACGCUCGGCCUACAGUGCAUGAAGGAUUUUUGGGAUAAGAGAUUGAGGUGUGAUGUGGAGCUGAUUGCUGAAGGAACUGUUUUCCACGCUCAUAGGGCGCUCCUGUCGGCCAGCAGUGAAUACUUCAGAGGGAUGUUCACCAGCGGGAUGAAGGAGAGUCGAGAGGAGUCUGUGUCUCUGCUGUGCGCCGGAGCUGCUGAGAUGGAGAUCCUCCUCAAAUGCUGUUACAGCGGUGCUCUGGAGCUCAGAUGGAGCUGUGUGUUUGAGCUGACCUGCACCUCUCUGCAGUUCCAGUUCCAGCCUGCUGUGUCGCUCUGCCUUCAGUUUCUGCAGCAAGAAAUGGACAUACACAACUGCCUUGAUGUUGCGGCAUUCGCUGAAGCCUACGGAAUGGUGGAUCUAAUGGAGAUGGCUGAUGAUUUUGUCUUGAGGCACUUUCAGGAGAUUUCAGCCACCCCAAAGUUCCAGGACCUCCCAGCAGAUAAGCUCCUGCAGUUCCUUCGGUGUGACGCUUUGUCUGUUCCAUCAGAACUGGCUGUUUUUCGAGCGGUUGUGUCUUGGGUUGAGACUGAUCCCGCUGAGCGUCUUCCACAGGCUGAGCAGCUCAUGAAAGCAGUGCGUUUCCCAUUCAUGACCUUCAGGGAAUUUCGGGAAGUGCGCGCUGUAAACCUGACCAUGGAGUGUAGCGGGGAAUACGACGUUGAACUCUAUAAAUCAGCGCUGAAGGAGUUUGGGUUUGGCGUUUCUGAUCAUGUAGCACAGCAGCGUGUUCGUUACCCAAAAGACGCUCUGGUUUUGGUUGGCGGUGAUGAACUGGAUGCUGAUAACGGGCGACGGCGGCCCAGUAAGCAGCUCUGGUUUGUGAACUCUCUGCGAAGCGGGACUGGGCUUGUGAAGCAGAUGGAGUGGAGACUGCUGGGAGAAAUGCCAGAUCAGGCCAGAUUCAGACACGGCGUUGGGGUCCUGAAUGGACAACUAUAUGUCGCAGGAGGAUGCUACUUCUACUCAAAGGCUGACAUCAUGAAGUCUGUGUACAGGUACGACCCUGUGCGAGAGCUGUGGGAAAAGCUGGCAGAUCUUCUGGAGCUCAGGAGUAACUUUACACUGGUGGUGAAUGGAGAAAACCUGUACGCAGUCGGAGGAGACAAAGAAAUCAACACGAACCUGGACAGCGUGGAGAAAUACUCACCAGAAACCAAUUCCUGGAGCUUCACUCAUCCUCUGGACCAAGCUUUAAGCGGUCAUGCUGCCACCGUCUGUGGAGGCGAAAUCUUCAUCUCUGGUGGUUUUAAUUGCAAAUACGAAUGCCUGGUGUCCAUGUCUGUCUACCAUCCUUUAAGAGGAACCACAUAUCUCUCGGAUAUGACCCACGAUCGGGCCCAGCACUGCAUGGAGAGCCUGCGGAAUCGAAUAUAUGUAGCCGGCGGCGUGUGCAACCUUCGAAAAUUCUACACCAAUCAGCUAUCCUGUGAAGUAUACGACCUCGUACAUGACGUCUGGACGGAGUUCACUGCUUUGCCUGUCCCUCAUGUUGGCGCUGCCUCUGCGGUUCUAGAGGAGCGGCUGUAUAUUUUGGGUGGAUACUGUCAGGAGGACUACUGUGAAGCCAGACUCGCUCACAGGUAUGACCCUGUGACGCACAGAUGGGACAGCAUGGGAAAAAUGCCAGGUCCCGUCACGGAUAUACGUGCAUGUGUCCUAUAUCUGCCUGAACACAUCAGAAAAUGAAACAUUUGAGGAGUAUAUGCUUGUUAGGGGUGGCCGGAUCGAUCCUAAAGUAUCGAUAUGUUCGAUACUGGCAAAAGUAUCAAUCCUUUUUCUUAAUGAGUGGUCACGGAUUUUAGAAUAUCUUAAUAAUAGUAAUAUUGAUCGUGCCACAGGGUAUAUAAAUAUUUACUUCACAGUUUUCAAAGCACAUUACAGCACACUUGUAUACAUGGUUUAGAACAGGGGUGUCAAACAAUGUUCCUAAAUGGCCGCAGCCCUACACAGUUUAGUUCCAAUGCUACUUCAACACACUUGCCUGUAGGUUUCAAACAAUCCUGAAGGACUCAAUUAGUAUGAUCAGGUGUGUUUAAUUACAGUUGGAACUAAACCUGUCCUGGUUUAGAGGGAAACUCCAUAGGCUUAAUGUAUAUUAUACGGUAAAAAACGCUUAUGAUAUGGCAUUACCCCUAAACCCAACCUGGAACCUGUGGCAAAAUUUGACUACAAAAAGAUUUCAAUAGGUGUGAUUUUUAGGCGGUUUGACACAAGAUGUGACCCUGUAAACCAUCUUAAUAGAGUACAACUAAGUCAUACCCAUGUCAUUAUACAAAUUUGUGUCCCUGUAAACCACAUAUACCUGUACACACACACCCAGCACAGGUUUAAAACUUGAGCAUAGGGCUGCGGUCAUCAUGAUUGAACAAAAAAGAUGCGUAAUCUGGAGUUAUUUUACUCAAGACAAGAAUAACGAAACUGAGUGUGACAUAAAACAGUAUGUCACUGAUCAGGAAAAGAAAAACAGGCUCAAAAGAAGAGU